UUGCUAUAUAGGCUGCAGCAUUGCGUUGGAGAGGAUCGCAGGAUUUGUAAACCUGAACCAGGGUGGAUUUUUUUUUGCAAUGAGCUAAGACUGAGAGUUGCGGGAUCUGACCAGCUCUGCCCUGCACCUGUGAUUGUGGUGUUUGAGCUGGUGGAACGGGGUGAGCAGGAGAUGAGUGAGAUCCCCUGAACGACGAUGAGCAUCUAUUGAGCAGAGCGCGGUUGAAGAGUUGGACGGGAUAUCGUGAGCAAGCGCUGAUCAAGCCUUCUCCUCUGUAAGCUGUGACCAGUCCCUCUCAACAAUGAGUCACGGCGGUAAGCUGCUUCAGCAGAGCUCGCCCACCAGUGAUCUCAACACCCCCGACCCAGGUAGGCCCGAUACGGGGACAGACUGCAAGGAGGAAAUGCUUGAGGAAUUGUCCAGUGCCAUUGAUACUGAGCUGGAAACCGAUCCCAACGAGGCAGAAAAUGAAGGGUUCUUCAACAUGGUGAGUCAUGUUCAAAGGAACCGAAUGGAUGACCAGCGUUGCAACCUUGGAUGGAAUGAGACACCCUCUAAAAAACCAAUUUUUGAUGCAAGUAAGACCAACUGUGAACGUCCAGUCAACGAACUUCUGGACAUGCUCGCUGACAAACAGGGCCAACGUCUGGAUGACCAACGAGUAACCUGUGACAAUUUACCAGGUCUCCAAUUGUCCGAGUGCUACAUACAGGCCACUUGUGAAGAGAUUGAAUAAGCCCAGGGCUGGAUUCCAGUUGAACCUGAUGGAAAAUCUAUUGACCUGGCUGACCGAGGGUGGGUGAGAAACUACCAGAGGAAAAGCGAAUGCUGAAUCAUUUCCUUCACUUAUUAAUUUUUGUGAUGACUCUGUGUUUGAAGCAACGUUCUUUGCUUGCUGUUAUGUUUCUUUUGGAGCCUCUGAUAAAGUGAGGCAGAGACUUAGUUGCUUUAGCCUGGCCUUCCCUCUUGUUAAACUAUCACGACAUAUCCGAAUCUCUUCUGAGUUGCUUCCAAUAUGUUCUGAACCAACACGUGAUAAUACCAGUCAUCAUUUAUUUGUUGUCUUUGAAACAAACUCUGACUGUGUUCUCAUUGAAAAUGGUGCAAAAUAUUAAUAAAGAUGUUUAAAUGUU